AUGGGCAAAAAUGACAGGAGGCCUGCAUGGAUAAACGAGGAGCUCAUGGACAAACUCAAAAAGGAAGCCUACAGAGGAUGGAAGCAAGGACAGAUUGGAGGGAUAUGGACUUCACAGGUGAACUACUUAGUGGAUAAGGAAUUGGCUGGAUGGUUGAUGAACAGUGACGAGGGGUGUUUUUCAGGAAUUAGUAUUGGGACUGGGGCUACUAACAUCUUUGUCAAUGACAUGGACAGCUUGGGCAAAACCAAGAUCAAGGUGGCUGAUUUACUUGAUGAUCCGUCCGUACAUCCCGUAGGAUCCCUGCAGAGCGACGGGGAGGCCGGUGGGGAGCGGCAGCCUGGCAGCUCGCUGCGGGGCUGCGCAUCAAUUUCCUCACAAAUUUUUGUUUUGGUUUCUUUUUUUUGCUUUUCAGAGUGCAAAUUCACCUGCGCCAGUGGUAAAUGCUUGUAUCUUGGCUCAUUGAUUUGUAACCAACAGAAUGACUGUGGGGAUAACAGUGAUGAAGAGAACUGUCUGCUUGUAACAGAGCAUCCACCUCCAGGCAUCUUUAGCUCUGAACUGGAGUUCGUUCAAAUCAUCAUCAUCGUUGUGGUUAUAACUGUUAUGGUGGUAGUGAUCAUCUGCUUGUUGAACCGUUACAAGCUCUCGACACGCUCCUUUAUCAACCGACAGAGCCAAAGCAGAAGACAGGAGGAAACUCUGCAGACGGAAGGGUGCUUGUGGCCUUCAGAAAGCUCAGUUUCACGCCCGGGUGCUUCAGAGAUCAUGUACACUCCAAGGUCCAGGGACAGGUUUACUGCCCCGUCUUUUAUGCAGCGGGACCGUUUCAGUCGCUUCCAGCCCACUUACCCUUACAUGCAGCAUGAGAUUGACCUUCCUCCGACCAUCUCCCUCUCCGACGGGGAAGAGCCGCCGCCGUACCAGGGUCCGUGCACCCUGCAGCUCCGGGACCCAGAGCAGCAGAUGGAACUCAACCGGGAAUCUGUCAGGGCACCACCCAACCGAACCAUUUUUGAUAGCGACUUGAUAGACAUCUCGAUGUACAAUGGGGGCCCCUGCCCACCAAGCAGCAAUUCGGGCAUAAGUGCAACCAACUAUAGCAGUAAUGGAAGGAUGGAAGGACCACCCCCGACAUACAGCGAGGUCAUGGGGCAUUACCCAGGCUCCUCUUUUUUCCAUCACCAGCACAGCAACGCGCCUCCUUCCUCGCAGAGAGGGAGCAGACUUCAGUUUCAGCAGAACAAUUCAGAGAGCACAAUAGUCCCCAGCAAAGGCCAGGACCGGAAACCGGGAAACCUGGUCUAAGUCCCUUGCCCAGGUGCAUUUGAACUGAAGACAAGGAGACGGAAGCAGAGCGGCGGAGGAAGACCCCCAUGCUCCAGUGCACAGUGUUGUUAAGUUUCACCUGGUACAACGUAGUAAAACCAAACGUGCAAACCA